CGUGUUAGCUAGCUAUAUCGCCCGAUAGUAAAUAACCCAAUUCGAAUUGCUAGCUAGGUAUAUCGGGUAGUAUAUUGAGUUAGCUAGCUAGAUCGCCCGAUAGUCGAUAUUUUUUUUCUCCUUGGGUCGCAGUGCGAUAACUGAGCACCAUUCAAUAUUUUGAAUGAUACUCAAACAAGAAAAAUGCUAUCAGAGAUUGAAAUAGCAGGUUUUGUAGAGAAUUCAAUUCUGUAUCGAAUGAGCAUAAAACGAAGGUCUGGAAGUGUAUGAGUCGCCCAAAAAAAGAAAAUGAUCUUGUCCCAUUUAAUCUGAGCCACCCGUUCGUUAUCAAAACUGGUUAUUACAAAAUAUUUCUUUGCACAUUUAUCGUUCGUUCUUUUUUUUUCUUUUCUUAACCAUUUCACGUGCUUUGUUAUUCAGAUAAAGAAUAUAGAUACUUAUAUUCACCCUAAUAAUGUUCUAAUCUACAGGUUAGAAAAAAGUGAUUUUGAAAUAAAACAAAAUGUGAUUAACACUUUUUCCUUUUUAUCCGGUAUACUGUUUUGUAAAUUCUGAACCUUGAUGCUGAAGCUUCUUUUAUUUCUAGAAUUUUUCUGUUAGUUGACGCUCGACGGAUGCUACAGAAUUUCUCUUCAACUUUUGUGAAGCAAAAUUUGACUAUUAAUGUAAACAAGUACAGGUUAAUAUUCAAUCAUUUCAAAUGUAAACCAUUUUUCUUCUCAAGGCCUCCUGUUUUUCAGGCGACUAUCCGAAGAGUACCAUCUUCUGUGUAUAUUUGGUUUCUGUUUCAUUUAUCUAACUCGAAUACAAUAGUCUUACGAGGGAACCUCUUGAGGUGAUAAAACGCUUUUUGAUCGAAAUCUAGUGGGUUGUAGGUUAUCGACCAUGUUGAUUCUGAAUAUGAUUAUGGGGGUUGCCCUUAGUCGUUCGAAGAUCCGGUUUUCUGGAAAACCAGUUUUUCAGAAACUCUAAAAGAUAACCAAAACCUUUCUUAAUGAGUCACGAUUGUAGCCCGCAAAUUUCUGAUUGAAAUAAGACGUCUUUCAGCUCUGCACGAUCUUUCCUCGCAAAAUUAUAGAAUUUACAAGAAAAGCCCUAAAUUAAUUUUUUCCUUCUUAUUUCUGCAGCUUUGAGCUGACACUGAACAUUUCUUGUAAAUUCUAUAACUUUGCAAAGAAAGGUCGUGUGGAGCUGGCAGACGUCUCAUUUCAAUCAGAAAUGUGCGGGCUACAAUCAUGACUCAUUAAGAAAGGUUUUGGUUACUUUUUAGAGUUUCUGAAAAACUGAUUUUCCAGAAAAUCGGAUCUUCGAACGACUAAGGGCAACCCCCAUAAUCAUAUUCAGAAUCAGCAUGGUCGAUAACCUAUAACCCACUAGAUUUCGAUCAAAAAGCGUUUUAUCACCUCGAGCGGUUCUCUUGUUAGUUACAAAAUGAUGAUUUCCGUGUUUCAGAUAUUGAACAAGAAUGUGGAAGAUGAAGUUAUUUUAUCCUACUUCAAUCUGAUGUUGACCGUUAACAAUCAUGAAUAAUAAACACAUUGAUUAUGCUGUGGAACCGGUUUUUUAAAAAUGUAUUUUGUCUCAUCUGUCUCGUAAGUCUUUUUCUCACAUAGAACGAUUAGUUUUCAGCAUAUUUUAACUAAAAGGAAUAUGAUUGCCGAGAACAUAGCUAAAUCUAAUAAUAUAUCUUACAAAAGUAUUAUUGCUUGUUUCUCUCUGAAGGUAUGGCUUAUAAUGAUAUUAAAUGCUGUAUGGUUUGCGCACAGGAGUAUUUUCAAAGUAAUGACGUACAAUAUCCGUCACUAGAAUCCACCAUCGGAAAAAGAAGGCAUGAUCGAUUUAACUCAAUGUGCUCGAGUGAUCAUUGCUGAACAUGUCGAUCUCCUUGCUCUUCAAGAAGUUGAUGUAAAUACACAACGAACAGGUGGAGAAUAUGGAAAUGCUCAUUUAUCGAGAUUUCCUAUUAAAGACACAUUUCGAUAUGAAUUGCCAUUAGGUACUAGCGGAGAACAGCGGUCUAUCGGUCACUUAUUAUCUCUGUUCAAAACAGACGAAGGAGAAAUAACUCCUUCAUCGUGUGGGUGUGGACGUGCGUGCUGA